AUGAGUAAAAAAGAAAAAAAACAAAUAUCCAAUAACAAUACCGGUAGUACAAAGGCUAAAAGUAAAUCAUCCAAAAAUGCAAAAGAUAAAGUGGAUAAAGAAACAGAAUUAGCUAAUAAGGAAAUCAAUUUGAAGAGUAUCAAAAAUAAAAUUAAGAGGGUAGAACUUGCAAAUCAACUUAAACGUGAGAAGAAACUAGAAAAAAGCAAACGAAGAAGAGAAAAUAGAGAAAAAGAACAAAGGGGAGAGGAGGUAGUUAAAGGUACGCCUAGAACAAUAGAAAAUACCCGGGAAAUUGAUGAGACUUUUGUUCAUGAUCCUUUAAACGACAGUGAAUUGCAUAAAGAAAUGGAAAAUGAUGAAUUUUCUGAUUAUUUCUCAAAAAAAAGAUCUCCUAAAUUGCUAAUCACUACUAAUAAUAGGGCCAGCAAACAUAUGUAUAACUUUCUUAAAGAAAUUGUUUCAAUAAUUCCUAAUUGUGAUUUCUACAAAAGAAAUGGAUUUAAUAUUAAGGAUAUUAUUAAAGAAGUGAAUGAAAAAGGCACCGAAGAUAACUAUACGGAUAUACUCAUAUUUACUGAACAUCCAAUAAAGAAAAUACCAUGGGGGUUAUAUAUAUGCCAUCUACCUAUUGGGCCUACAAGCUAUUUUAGAAUUAGAUCAGUUAAACUUGCUCAAGAUAUGAAAGGUUCAGCUUUUUCCACUACUCAUAACCCAGAAGUCAUUUUGAAUAAUUUUGAUACUAGAAUUGGUUAUAGAAUUGGAAGACAAUUAGCUUCUUUGUUCCCAUUUAAUCCUGAUUUUGCUGGUAGAAGAGUUAUUGCAUUUCAUAACCAAAGAGAUUUUAUUUUUUUUAGACACUAUAGAUAUAUUUUCCGCAAAAAAAGGACUCCAAACACCAAAAAUGCUGAGGAACAGCAAGAUCAAGCUAUUAAUAGUGCCGGAUUGCAGGAGAUUGGCCCGAGAUUUACAUUAAAAUUAAUGUGGAUACAGGAAGGUACAUUUAAUACUAAAAAGGGUAUUUACGAAUACUUAUGGAGACCUGAUUUACAGGUAAAUAGGAAGGUCUUCUUUUUAUAA